UUAGUUGAGAUUGGUGAAAAACUUAUUUUUAAAAAUGAUGGCUCUGAAGCAAGUCUUUGCCGGAACCUUUGCACUACUUGAUGUGGCAGCAAUCUGUUUUAUUCUUGGACAUGGAAUCAACUUUUAUAAAUAUGAACUGAUAAACCGAUUGGGUGAUGUAAAAUUUGCCACAACUGGAUUGGAUUUCUUCAUACUCUCCAUUCUACGAGCAAUGGUUUUGAUUAUAACAAUAAUCAUUAUCAGUACAAGCUCAAGAAAAAAACGAAUCAAUAAUCCGGAAAGUUACAUUCACAUUGCUUCUGUUAUGUCGGUAGCAUAUCUUCUCAUAAAACUGCUGAUAUAUUCCGAAACUGAGGAUUUUCUGAAAAAUUUAGGCAACGUACAAUGGUUUUGGCUGCAAUUUGGUUGGUCUAUAUUCGCAACGGGGAUAACUAGCUUCAUAUUUAGAAAGUUAAUGAAUGGAACCAAGUGCAUUAUAGACCUCGAGGACGAAUUUAAAUUUUCGAAGAAAGGCAAAAAUGAAGAAAGUGUUCCUCUUAUAAACUGGACUGUUGACGCUGACCCAUUAAGUGCGGACAAGCAAGAUUCUAGUUCCAGCGGAAAAUCAUCAAAGGAUCCAAGCGAUUCCGAAGAUACAUCAAGUACGAAAGAGAAAAAGAAGAAGAAAAAGGGAUUUUCUGAACAUGCGCGCAAGGCAACUGCUUCAAAGAUGUUGUCAUAUGCUAAAAAGGAUAUGCCAGUUCUCUUUUUGGCUUUUAUAUUUCUUAUCAGUGCUGCAUUGGCUGAAACGUUCAUUCCUCUUUUCACUGGAAGAGUAAUUUCAGUUAUCGCCAUUGAACACAACCAAGAAAAAUUUACACAAAAUAUAAUUAUAAUGAUUGGGAUUACGGUCAUAGCGUCCACGUGUGCAGGGAUGAGGGGCGGUCUCAUGGUUUUGGCCAAUACCAGGUUCAAUAUGAGAAUCAGAAAUCUUCUUUUCACUUCACUUGUGAAACAAGAAGUUGGAUUUUUUGAAGUGACAAGAACUGGUGAAAUUCUGUCUCGUCUUACGUCGGACACUACAACAAUGAGCAAUAUGAUUGGUUCAAAUGUGAAUAUAUUUUUAAGAAAUGUCGUGAAAGGCAUAGGGACUUGCGUCUUCAUGUUCUCUUUAUCAUGGCGACUUUCACUUAUCACAUUCAUCGUAUUGCCUAUAGUGGUUGGAAUAGCGAGGUUAUACGGAAGUUAUUAUAAGAAAUUACAACGUCACGUUCAAGAUGCUUACGCUUACGCUAAUGAAGUUGCAGAAGAAGUAAUAUCAACAAUAAAAACUGUGCGAAGUUUUGCUAACGAAUCAGGGGAAAACAUUCGCUACAAUGAAAGAAUGGAUUUGGUUUACAGAAUUCGACAAAAACAGGCAUUGGCAUAUGGCGGAUUCAUGUUAUCAUCAGAGUUGAAUAAACUUGCUCUCGUGACGUUAACCCUGUGGUACGGUGGCCACCUCGUUUUGACUGAUUUGAUGAACAGUGGUGAUCUUAUCUCGUUCAUUCUCUAUCAAAUCACUUUGGGUACUUGUAUGUCCAGCAUUGGAAAUGUGUUUUCAGGUCUAAUGCAAGCACUCGGAGCAGCAGAAAAGGUUUUUCAAAUGAUUGAAAGAGAACCAAAGAUAGAUAUUAAAAAAGGAGAUUAUGCGCCAAAUAAUUUCGAGGGACAUAUUUCUUUCGAAAAUGUCACUUUCGCAUACCCAUCUAGACCAGGACAACCCAUUUUAAAAAAUGUAUCAUUUGAAGCUCCUGCUGGCAAGGUUACCGCAUUAGUUGGACCCAGUGGAGGAGGGAAAUCAUCAUGUGUUAAUUUACUUCAACAUUUCUAUGAGUGUAUGUCUGGCAAUAUAAAAGUUGAUGGAACUGCAAUAGAAAAAUACAGCCACAAGUAUUUUCACAAGAAGGUAUCAAUGGUGGGACAGGAGCCAGUACUGUACGCCCGUUCAAUAAAAGAAAACAUCGCAUAUGGUUUGAAUGACAGCGAAUACGCAAUGGGAGAUGUGGUUGAAGCUGCCAGAAAAGCCAAUGCCCAUUCAUUCAUUACAGAAUUAACUCAACAAUAUUUAACUGAAACGGGAGAAAAAGGAACACAAUUAUCGGGAGGUCAGAAGCAAAGAGUUGCAAUUGCGAGAGCUUUAAUAAGAAAUCCAAAAAUUCUGAUUCUCGACGAAGCGACAAGUGCACUAGAUGCCGAAAGCGAGUAUUUGGUACAACAAGCAUUGCAGAACACAAUGAAGGAUCGCACAGUAAUAGUGAUUGCGCAUAGAUUAACCACGGUUGAAUCAGCUGAUAAAAUAGUUGUCAUCGAUAAAGGUGAAGUUGUAGAGGAAGGUCCUCCCGCUGAACUCAUGAAGAAGUCUUCAGGACUUUAUUACAAACUUGUGAAAAGACAAAUGCACAGCCCCAAAAGAAGACGCAAAGCAAGCGAGAAGAUCCAUAAAGAAUAACGUAAAUGUUGCAUAGCUAUGCAUAGACCAAGCAAUCAACGACGUUAUAAAGCACCCAAAACCGUUGUUUGUAAAAUCAAAUAUAUGCGAGAUUGCAAAGUACAAUUCUAGAUGUCUGAAUUUUGAAUAUUUUUUUAUAUUUUAAAUAUUCAUCCCGUACAAUGUACGUAAUGUGUACAAGAAUGAAAACCCACUUAGGAUGGUAAUAUGUUCAAUUUGUGUCCUGUGCUAUAAUGAUAACCGGAUACCUCUUAUUUUUGCAUUUUAAGCAAAUUGUGCUCUAUGUGGUCGCAUAAAGAUAUUCAUGUGAAACUUAAUGUUGAAAAUUCAAAUAUAUAUACAUAACGUUGAUAA